AGACAAUAUAAGCCUUUCAAGACCGCUGAAGCGGCCAUCCAAUGCUGGACAAAAUUCCCCCCAUUUAAAGAUGCUUUUGGAUUGUUUGUAAUCCCCCUCUGAUGUCACGGUGGCUGAGGAGGAGGGGUAGGGGAGGGAGGCAGCUCGCUCACGGCACAGCACAGACCGACUGCUGCCCUGCCUAGCCGGGUAGAGUGAGAGAGGUGUGGAACGAAAGAUGGUGGAAUUGCAGGGAAUGGAACGGACCGCAAGCUUGCAGAAACAUCGAUAUUGAAGAACCUGAGUUUGGAGCUGGUGUGUUAUAAUGCAGCCAGGUAUGCCCUUUUCUGUCUAAGGAGCCAGCGACCUACACUGACACGAGCCACAAGGCCACUGAGAUCCACGGAACCAUAGGGUCCAACCCCAACUCCGGCCCCCUGACCUCUGCUCUGAGAAGCCACCUCACCACCCUCCACACCUAUAGAUGGUUCUAGAAGAAGCCCUUCCACGGAGCUGCCUUUCUCCCAGACGGCAGGCGAUGCAUUCCGCCUAGACUCUCCCCCUCGUUCCCCGACCAAACCGAGGCAGCCAUGAACCCCGAGGAAGUGGAGCAUGGCCAGGAGCUGAUUGAGCACGUAGAAGCCGACCUGCCCCCUCCUCAACGCCGUCACCACGACAACCACAUUGCCACCAACAACGGUCGACCCCGGCAGCCUAGCAACCACAGUAGUGAAAACAACAACCACCCUGCUCCCCGCUACAGGAGAUAUAAUGAGGCUCCUGGCGCAGGUGGCAGCAGGGUCAGAGGGGCCCCACAACGCAGGUCAACAGAGGAGCCAGAGGCGGAACUUCACCUGGGGGCCCAGUCCCUUCCCCAACCCCAGCAGCAGCAGCAGGCCCAGGGUCAGUCACAGCCCAUCUUGCGUCCUGCAGUGACACGUUACCGCAGACAGGGGGACAGCGAGGCCCGGCUCAGAGCACAGCAGCAGAGACACAUACAGAGACAGCAGAGAGAGGCUGAGAGGGUACAUCAACAACAACAACAACCUCUGCCAGCCCCACAACCUGUUCACUCUCUACCCCCAGAACGAGAAGAGCCAGAGGAGGAUGAGGAGGAGAGAGGGAGAUAUAGAGAGAGGGAGACAGAGGGGGAUAACUCUGCGUUAGGCCGUUCGGCCAGCACGGAGAGUGCUUUCCACACACACACAGACCGGGCGGAGGGCGACUGCGUCAUGGCCCUAGAUCUUGAGGCAGAGGACGAGGGCGGUACUUAUGAGGUGAUGCUUCGCCCAGAGGCGGAGGGAUACACAGAGAGCGCUGAGUCAGAGCAGCACCAUCCCCACCCUCAGCCCAACCUGAACCUCAACUACCCCCCUCAGCCCCCUCCCUUACCCCGGGAACCCCUACCAGACGUUGGGAGACCCCACAGUCAGGAGGAGGCAGAGGAAACCCUGAACCCUGGUGGUGGUUACUCUAACUACGUUUACACCCAACCUCUCAACCUCCAUGGGGGAGGGGCCAGGGUGCCGGGGGGACAGGACAGCAGCGUUGAGGAAGGGAUGGAGCCUAAAGACGAGGCAUAUUCUGAAGCCUACCACUACUCCCUGACAGAACAUGUGUAUGAGGAGAUCAGCGACGCCCCCUCUGCUGCUGCUGCUGAGGGGGCAACUCCUACAAAUGCCAACGAGAACCUCCAGCAGAGAAAGGCGGCGUUCCGUCUGUUUGAGGGGGGGGACGGGGGCGGGGACUACUGGCAGCAGGAGGCAGUGGGGUCGAGGCUGCACCACUACGACGAGCGCUCGGACGGCGAGUCAGACAGCCCUGAGAAGGAGGCGGAGUUUGCUCCGUACCCGCGGGCAGACAGCUGUGACCAGGACGGUGAAGAGGACAUCAACAUGAUCGUAACGGAAGUCAGAGAGAGUUCCAGCUCUCAGAGUCUGGAAAGAGCUGCUGCUGGGUUGGGGGAGGGAGGAGACAAAGAAGACAUGAUGAAAGGAGGAGAGGAAGAGGGAGACUCUUACAACUCCCAAUCCGACGCCCCCACAGACUCCAAACAUCCCAAGGGAGAGAUGGAAAGAGAGGGGGAUGAGAGAGAAGGAGAGGGCGUUCCAGCCCCAGCAGACAGUCCCUCUGAGGACUCGUCUGGGGUUCGUAACAGUCGUGAGAAAAGAGACGCCAUCACCCUGGCCAUAAAGGACAUCAAAGAGGCCAUAGAGGAGGUGAAGACCAGGACGGUGAGGUCACCCUACACCCCUGAUGAGCCUAAAGAACCCAUCUGGGUGAUGAGACAGGACCUGAGUCCCACCGCUGAGUGUUGUGACCUGCAACCCUCACUAGGGGGCGACUCUCCAGGUUCAGACUCUCAGGCCUCUCCUCAGGGGGCGGAGUCUUCAAUCCGGACACCCAUGCUUGAAGGGAGUGAAAGCUUCGAGUCUCCACCGCUUUCCACUAAAGAGUCCAGGAGAAGCCUGGCCUCCUUUCCUACCUAUGUAGAAGUCCCAGGUCCAUGUGACCCAGAGGACCUGAUCGAUGGGAUCAUCUUUGCCGCUAACUACCUGGGCUCCACCCAGUUGCUGUCUGACAAGACCCCCUCCAAGAACGUGCGCAUGAUGCAGGCCCAGGAGGCUGUCAGCCGCAUCAAGACGGCCCAGAAAUUAGCCAAAAACAAGAAGAAGGCUCCAGAAGGUGAGGCCCAGCCCAUGACGGAGGUGGACCUCUUCAUCUCCACCCAGAGGAUUAAAGUCCUCAACGCUGACUCACAGGAGACUAUGAUGGACCACCCUCUGAGGACCAUCUCCUACAUCGCUGACAUCGGCAACAUUGUGGUUCUGAUGGCAAGGCGCCGUAUGCCCCGCCCAGACUCCAUGGACAGCGUGGAGGCGUCAGACCCCGCCGAGGACGAGAAACAACGGCAGUACAAGAUGAUCUGCCACGUCUUUGAGUCCGAGGAUGCCCAGCUGAUUGCCCAGUCUAUAGGCCAGGCCUUCAGUGUGGCGUACCAGGAGUUCCUGCGGGCUAACGGCAUCAACCCAGAGGACCUGAGUCAGAAGGAGUACAGUGACCUGCUCAACACGCAGGACAUGUACAACGACGACCUCAUACACUUUUCCAAGUCUGAGAACUGCAAAGACAUUUACAUAGAGAAGCAGAAAGGUGAGAUUCUGGGCGUGGUCAUUGUGGAGAGUGGGUGGGGCUCCAUCCUGCCCACAGUCAUCAUCGCCAACAUGAUGCAUGCUGGUCCGUCGGAGAAGUCAGGCCGUCUUAAUAUCGGAGACCAGAUUAUGUCUAUCAACGGGACCAGUCUGGUGGGGCUACCCCUGUCCACCUGCCAGACCAUAAUUAAGGGUCUGAAGAACCAGUCUCGUAUCAAGCUGAACAUUGUCAGGUGUCCUCCUGUUACCACGGUGCUCAUCAGACGACCUGACCUCAGAUACCAGCUGGGCUUCAGCGUACAGAACGGCAUUAUCUGCAGCCUUAUGCGAGGGGGCAUCGCUGAGAGGGGAGGGGUCAGGGUCGGCCACCGCAUCAUCGAGAUCAAUGGCCAGAGCGUGGUGGCCACGCCCCACGAGAAAAUCGUCCACAUCCUGUCCAAUGCUGUGGGAGAGAUCCACAUGAAGACGAUGCCAGCUGCCAUGUACCGCCUGCUAACUGCCCAGGAGCAACCUGUUUACAUCUAGUGAUGACCUCCCUCUCCUACCCUGACAUCCGACCUCACCCCCCGAUGACCUCACUCCCUAACCCCCAGCAUCACUGCACCCUCUAUGUGUGAGCAACUCCUCCCCCUCCCUCAAGCCCCAGAUCACCAUUGGAGACUGAAGCUUCUUAAUCAUAACGAAUGGACAUAUCACAUGCUCUGGAUGACUAUUUUAUCUGAUUGUUUUGCUGUGGAGAGUAGAGUUUGGCUGAAAAAGACAGCUUGUUCAAGCCCCUCCCAUACUGAGGGUUGCUCCCUGAGCUUCACACUGACCUUCCCAUGUUUCUUUCUCUCCCUCUCUCUGUUUCUCUCUCUCUCUCUCUCUCUCUCUCUCUCUCUCUCUCUCUCUCUCUCUCUCUAUCCCUCUCCCUCUCACUUUCUAUCGUUCUACCUCUCUUCUCUAUCCCUCUCCCUUUCUCUCACCGGCUGCACUCGUCUGAUGUAAUGUUGAAUAUUUCUGUGUUCUCCCACAACACAAACAAAAAGAGAGGGAGUGUGAGACUUGCUGAUAAACAAGUGUUACUACUCUGAACAACAAGCCCCUAUCAUUCCUCGUCAUAACAUUCCAUGCCUUCCGUCUAACGUUAAUGAAUGUCCAAGCAGGGAGGACUUUUCCCGACUGUGGAAGUCCUCCAGGAAAGACAAAGAAAACCAAACGUUCCCAUUUAUUUUAUUUUUUUAAAUGUUGUUUUUAAGGCUGAGAUUUGGUCUGAUAUAACAAGCAUUCCAAGUUUCUCCACGCGCAUCUGUUUUAAGUCAGGCCUCGUCAAGGGAAGGCUACACUACAUAGACCAAAUGAUUUAAAACCUUCCAAAGGAAUUCACAUUCCCUUCUGAAACAACAUGCAGCCCAGGGAAAACAGUUCUACAAGGCUGGAGGACAGCCUUGUAAGACAGUGUUUAGACAGAAGCCAGCCCUGAAAUGGGAGCUUUUGAAAGUAAACAUGUAAUUCUACCUAUUGCCAGGACAACAAAAUAACACUGGUCUCGUUCUCACAUGGAAUUAGCAUUAAUAGCAAAACGCUCUCCAUCCUCAUCUUUCCCUUCAGCAUCAUCUUGAACUGAAAACUAUGAUUAGGUGACAACAGAACUCACAACCACUAUUACGGAAGGAAAAAAAACAAACACUUGCUAAUAUUUUUUCAAAAUCGGUUCGGCUAAUCACAUACUAU